AAAGUCAAAAAGUUUGAUAAGAAAUGAAAUGAUAAUUUUAUUAAUUUUUAUUAAAACUGCAUUAAAUUAAAACUAUUGAAAAAGUUGAAAAGUUUAAAACAAUUUUAAUUUAUAAAGCAUUAGACUCAAGACUCAAAGUACUGCUACAAUUACAUUCAUCAGAAAUGGUCCAUCUGUUGCUCUAAUUUCUAAUUUUGUAAUCCAGUCAUCAAAAUGGAAAUCAAAGAGAAAAUCGAACAUCCUCUCUCGCUGAAAGUGAUGAGACUCACAAGGCCUACUUUGAGUCCACCGGUCAUCGUAACUUGCGAAACUAAAGAUUUACCAGGUCAUUUAUUCAAUACAAAUUUAAAGAAUGAUAUCACAUCUGUUAGCGGAGGCGAAUCAUUAGCGGUCGGUCAGUUUCUCCUAGUUCCUCAGAGUUUUGGAAGUAUUUAUCUCGGGGAGACGUUUUCAUGUUACAUAUGUGUUCAUAAUGACUCCAACGAUAUUGUGCCAAAUGUAGUUCUGAAGGCGGACUUACAAACUACCACUCAAAGACUUCUCUUAAUUGAUAAUAACUCUUCAUCUGUACUUAAACCAAAGCAAACACUAGAUGAAGUUAUUCAUCAUGAAGUGAAAGAAAUUGGGACUCACAUAUUAGUAUGCGAAGUCACAUACUUGAAUCGCUUAUCUUUCAGGAAAUUCUUCAAAUUUCAAGUUUUGAAACCUUUAGAUGUUAAAACUAAAUUUUAUACUGCCGAAUCAGAUGACGUCUAUUUAGAAGCUCAAAUACAGAACAUUACCAACGGUCCAAUCUGUUUGGAAAAAGUCACCCUAGAAGCUACAGAUUACUUCAAAGUUUCAGAUCUGAAUAAAAUCGAGAGCAAAUGUUCUGUUUUUGGCAACGUUAAUGUGGUAGAUAAAGACGCUUCUAGGCAGUAUUUAUAUUGUUUGUCUCCUCAGCAAGAUUCCAUUUCAAUAUCCAAAGUCAAGAGUGAGGCUAUCAGUGUUGGUAUAUUAGAUAUUGUUUGGCGUUCGAAUCUCGGAGAAAGAGGACAUUUACAAACUAGCACUUUACAAACAAUGCGCACUGAUCGGGGAGAUAUUAGGCUAUCAUUGAGCGAAUUGCCCAACAUCGUUUUUCUCGAGAAACCUUUCAAAUUUGUGUGUAAAAUCUCCAACAUAUCGGAUCGUGAAAUCAACUUAUCCAUGAGUUUGGAAGAAAUGAAAAAUUUGGUAUGGUGUGGAACCUCUGGUAAAUUACUCGACACCAUACUACCUUUUCAAUGUACUGAAAUCCAGUUGAACUUGAUUCCAUUAGAUAUAGGCCUACAAGAAAUCAGCGGUAUUAGACUAAAAGAUACAGUAUCGCAGCAAUCUUAUAAAUUUGAUAACUUAGCCGAAGUAUUUGUCUUACAACGGUAAUAACAGUAUCCGGAAACGUUGUCGGUUUAUGUAUUUUGAAUAGAAAACAAAUUCCAGAUACCUUAUGAUUGAUUUUUAUUCAUGCUGAGUACAAUUGUGAUAUUUGAUAUAUUUCAUCAUUUUAUUAUAGUCGUUGUCUAUUAUAUGUAAUAAAUAUACCUACCUUGUUGUAAA